CUAUGAUUAGAUAUAGUCAUCAAAUCGUCAGGCGUCACUAUCACGUCAUGCUUUUUUUUCUUUUCUUCUAUUUUUGCCUCUUUUCUUAUAUUGGUUUUAGCUUAAAAUGAAGCUCUAUGACAGUUAACAAAACAGAAACUGAAACCAGCGAAAGUAUACUUAACUUUUCCUGCUUCAAACUUCGAUUUCUCUGCACAAAAAGCUACAGGCAUUUUGCUGCUUUUUGCGCUUAUCUGAUUAAGAUCUGCGUGCUUGAAGCUGAAAAUAGAGUUUCAAAUGGGAUUUUGAGCUGGCGGUUGCAGCUGUGGAGGAUAAAAGGUUUAAACAAGUUGAUUUGAGAGUUUGGAGGGAUGAUUCUUUCUGCACUUGUAACUUCAGUGGGGAUAAACACAUCGCUGUGUUUCCUUUUUCUCAUCCUCUACACUAUACUGAGAAACCGGCCAAGUAAUGCUGAACUCUAUUUACCGCGCUUGGUUGCUGAAGGGAAAAUUCAAGAGGACAAUGCAUUUGGCGUGAGAAAGUUAUUAACUUCUUUCAGUUGGGUGAAAAGAGCAUGGGAGGCUACUGAAGCCGAGCUUUUAGAAAAUUCUGGAUUGGAUGCUGUGGUGUUCAUGCGCAUUUUCGUCUUUGGGCUAAGAGUAUUUCAAUUUGCAACGAUUAUCGGCAUAUUCAUUCUUCUUCCAUUCAAUUACAUGGGGAACCAGCUAAAUAUUGACUUUACUGACUUACCAAACAAGUCGCUGGACACCUUCAGCAUUUCAAAUGUCAAUGAUGGUUCAAACAGGUUGUGGAUUCACUUCUCUGCUGUUUAUAUUUUCACAGCUGUUGUCUGCUAUCUACUUUACUCUGAAUAUGACUAUAUUUCAGCACUGCGGAUUUCUUACUUCUACUCGUCAAAGCCUCGGCCCAGCCAGUUCACUGUUUUAGUUCGAAGUAUUCCUGUUACUUCUGGGAAGAGCUUCAGUGACAGUGUUGAGAGCUUCUUUAGUGAAUGUUAUCCUUCCACCUAUCUUUCCCAUUCGGUGAUUCAUCGAGCAGACAGGCUGAAAAGAAUAAUUAACAAGGCAGACAAGGUCUACAAGGGUCUUGUUCAACCGAAAUCAGAGGACUCUACUAAAAAAAUUUCCAAAAGAGGUUGUUGUUUCGGCAUUUUCGGGCGAAAAGCUGAACCUGUAGAUCAGUACGAGGAGGAUCUAGAAGAUAUAGAGGGUAAUACAAGAGCAGAACAAUCAUCUGUUACUGGAGAGGAAGUUCCAGCUGCAUUUGUAUCUUUCAAGUCUCGUUUCAGCGCUGCAGUAGUUUCACACCUCCAACAAGGGGUUAGACCCACAGAUUGGCAAACUGAACCAGCUCCAGAUCCCCAAGAUGUAUAUUGGCCCUUCUUUUCUGCAUCAUUCAUUACAAGAUGGAUGUGCAACGUUGCUGUUAUUUUUGCAUGUCUUAUUAUAACCAUUAUGUUCAUUGUACCUGUUUUCAUAGCCCAAGGGCUUGCUAAUUUGACUCAGUUGGAGACCAUGCUACCCUUUUUGAGUGGCUUAUUAAAAAUGAAAAUCGUUACCCAAGUGGUUACAGGAUAUCUUCCGAGUCUCAUCCUUGAGAUGUUUUUAGUUUUAGUGCCACCAGUCAUGAUCAUGCUUUCUUCCAUUCAAGGACACGUUGCCCUUAGCCAGAUUGAGAAAAGUGCAUGUAUCAAAAUGGUAUGGUUCACCGUAUGGAACAUCUUCUUUGCCAAUGUGCUAUCCGGAUCAGCGCUAUACAAGUUUAACCUUCUUCUGGAGCCUAAAAAAGUUCCUGAACUAUUAGCCGUGGCUGUUCCUGGACAGGCCUCAUUCUUCAUUGCAUAUGUUGUAACAUCUGGAUGGACCACUACAUUUUCUACAGAGCUUUUUCGGCUGAAGUUCCUCGUUUGUAGAAUUUUGAAAGGAGGUAUGUGUUGCUGCUCUAAUGAAGAACUCGAGGUCCUUUCCAACCCUUAUCACAGACAAAUUCCCAGAAUUCUCUUUUUCAGCCUUCUUGGUAUAACGUACUUCUUCCUCGCACCCCUCAUUUUGCCAUUUGUACUGAUUUUCUACGGCCUCGGAUAUAUCAUCUAUCGUAACCAGCUAUUGAAUGUUUACGCACCAAAGUAUGAAACAGGCGGAAAGUUUUGGCCCGUGGUUCACGAUGCAACCAUAGUUUUCCUAAUAUUGAUGCAUGUUAUCGCCAUUGGGGUAUUUGGUAUAAAGAAAGUUCCUUUAGCUUCAAGCUUAACGAUUCCCCUUCCAAUUCUCACUCUCUUAUUCAAUAGUUAUUGCCAGAAACGGUUCUUACCUAGCUUCAAAGGUUAUCCUGCCGAGUGCUUGAUUAACAAGGAUCGACUUGAUCAGAAUGAUCCCUCGAUACUGUCUUUCCAUGAGAGACUAGCCACUGCCUAUGAAUAUCCUGCUAUGGAGGCAGUCAUAGAUUCUGAAGCCAGUGAAACUAGUGCAACUACUCCUCUUAUGCGUGGUUAUCGCUGAAGAUAGUAAGAUUGAAUUUGUAGUAAUAAUAUGUGUAGAGCAAGUAGUGUAUGCUGCAGGUUCUCUUUUCAAAUGGUUUUCUUCAUUGAUUUCUGAACAUACACAAUCAUUUGUCUUUCUACUGUCUGUCUGUAUAAAAAUUGUGAUCUGCACCUCUCUCUCUCUCUCUGCUCUAGAUUGUAUACAACUAUCCAUGGCUAUGGUUUUAUUAAAAAUCAUACAUGUUUACACUUA